GAAAUACGUAACAAUCGUAGAUUUGAGUAGACCUACAUGACUUAAGAUAGUACAUUUAUAAAUGAACGUUACAAUGUCAAAGGAAUAUAUGAUAAAUAAAUUUAAAAGGAAAUAUUAAAGGAAUUAAGAUAUUUAUGUGCAAUUGUGUAUCUUCAUCAAUAUAAAAAAAAAAAAGAAAGGACUAACUUGUGUCAAUACGUGUUUGUGUAGCUUGUAGUAGUUCGAAUAGGGGUAUAUUAAAAAGGAAUCUCCAAAAUAAUAUUCCAACGUUAUUUGAUCAAAUUUAUUAUAGAUAUGAACCUAUGAAAAAAAGUAAAUACCAAUAAGAAUAUUAAUUAUUAAUAAUCGUAUAAACUUUGUAUUGUGAGUUUUUAAUUGUUCAGUGUAAUAUGAGUACUAACGAGUACUAUUUUAUAAGCAACAAAUCAGGUCUUUGUUAAGAGAAACCAAUUCUCUAUCGCAAAAGUGCAAGUCAUCGCUAUUUUUAUAACAUUAGGAUCGAUAUAUUUUUGUGUGUAACGGUUCUUAAAAUAGUUGUCCGUAGAACUAAUCCAUGUAUUUCUUGUGCGUUGAUUCUUAUAAACAGAAACAAACAUACGAGCUUUGAGGUUACGGCUCUACGUUGUUAGAAACUGGAGUGAUAUUUUUACUACGUAAUUGAAAAAAUAUAUUUUAUGAGUUCAAAUAGAUUAACGAAAAUGGGUGCUGUUGAGACUGCACAAGAAGAUACAGAACUUUCAACAUCAUUGAUUAAAAGAGUUUAUUACGCUGCACGAGAUGGAAUGGCAAUUGUAUUGUAUGGUCUUCUUAGUGAUAAACCACCCGGACAUAUUGAUUAUCUUAUUAAUCAGAAAGUUUUGGAGGAUGGACAAAGAUGUACAUCUUUAAUAAUUGCAGCACGAUACGGACAUGACAGGGUUGUGAAGAUGUUAAUUGAUAAAUUUAAGCCUGAUCUGGAACAAGAAGGAAUCGUUAAAUUUGAUGGAUAUGUUAUUGAUGGAGCUACUGCCCUUUGGUGUGCCGCAGUGUAGCUUACUGUACAGUUUCAGGAUAAAAAUGGAGAAAACAUGGCAAACGAAACUUCCUCAAAACACUCAAAUGGCUUUUUCUGGAGCAGAUGUAAAUCAUCCAACCAAAACUAAUUCUACUCCUCUUCGAGCUGCAUGCUUUGAGGGACGGUUGGAUAUUGUUAAAUAUUUAAUAGACCAUGGUGCAAACAUACACAUAUCUAAUAAAUUCAAUAAUACCUGUUUGAUGAUUGCAGCAUACAAAGGACAUUUAGAUAUUGUGAAUUUUCUAUUGAAAAAUAAUGCAGAUCCUAAUGAAAAAGCUCUUUGUGGUGGAACAGCAUUAUAUUUUGCAGCAGAGUGUGGUCAUACACAAAUAGUUUCUGAAUUAUUAAGUUAUGGUACAAAAAUAACAAAAAAUUUGAGUGGUGUGACCCCUUUGAUAGCAGCUGCUGAACGAACGCGUACACCUGUAGUAGAGUGUUUGGCAGCUCGUACAGAGGUAACAAAACGGGAAGUAAUUGAUGCUUAUGAAUUACUUGGGGCAUCUUAUGCAAAUGAUAAAGAUUCGUAUAACUUAACAUUGGCAUAUAUGUAUUUGCACAAAGCAAUGAAAUUAAGAUAUAGUGAUCCUAAUGAUAUUGUGUAUAAAGAAUUAGGUGAAACAGUAAAAGCAUAUGAAAAUUGGAAGGAAUGUGAUACAUUAGAAAAAUUAGAAAAUAUUAAAAACAAUCCCAAUGCACUUCACAUGGAAUCUCUUGCAAUUCGGGAAAGAAUACUAGGAUGUAACAAUCCAGAAUUACCACAUCCUAUAAUAUUUAGAGGUGCUGUUUUUGCAGAUAAUGCAAGGUUUGAUAGAUGUAUUGAUUUAUGGCUUCAUGCAUUAAAAUUAAGACAAUUAAAUAAUGUAUCUGCUGUGAAAGAUCUUCUUCGAUUUGCACAGGUUUUCUCUCAAAUGAUUCACGUUGGAGUAGAUCUUGAUUUUUCUCAAGUUAUAAAUGUAUUAGAAGCAUGUGUUACAGAAUUGGGACGUAAUAAAAGUAAAAUGCAAAAUCCAGAUCCUAUGGAUGGUAUUGAUCAAUGUAUUGAAGAGAUAGAAUCAAAUAUUACAACAACUUUAUAUAUUUUAACAAUUUUAACAAAAUUGAUGACAUUAAAUGAAAAAAACUACAAUGAAGCAGAUGUUUCUAAAGCCCACUAUUUGGUACACAAGUUAUGUGCAUUACAAGUUAAAAUGAGGGAUGGUCAAACACUUCUACAUCUUGCUGUCAAUUCUGAAACACCAGUUGAUGAUUUUCAUACGAAUGAUGUAUGCAAAUUUCCAUGUGCAGCUACUGCAAAGUUAUUAGUACGUUGUGGUGCUGAUGUUAAUGCAAUGGAUGAUGAAAGAAAUACUCCACUUCAUGUUAUUGUUUGUUAUAAAAAAGCAACUAGUGAUUUUAUGACUCUUUAUUCAAUAAUUAUGGAACUAAUAGAGGCUGGUGCUCAUAUAGAUAUUGUAAAUAGUAAUGGGAAGACUCCAUAUGAAUCUGUAGCAACGGGUGUGGCUGAAAUAGUACUACGUACUCAUACAAAGUUAUCUCUAAAAUGUAUGGCGGCAAAAGCAGUAAAAACGUAUAAUUUAUCUUAUUGUGGUAAUGUACCACGUUCCCUGGAAAGUUUUAUAGAAUUACAUGGACCUGGUCUUAAUCAAGGCUGAUUUAUUCUUUGAUCUCUCUGAUUUAUCGUGUGAACAAUUGUAUAAAAUAAUGCAAAAUAUUCCAACUAAACAUUUGAAGUUAGUGUUAUUAAUGAAUCCAUAUUUAUAUCAUGACAAUCUCCUGUAUAUCCGUUCUCAUAUUUUGACUAUUCCUCUUCUUGUAAAGUAAAGUGAUAAAUAAUAGAUAAUUUAUUAGUAUAGUAAUUCACACACACAACAUCCAACUAUUACACAGUAAUUGUAAAGAUAUAUUUAUA